AUGUCAAACAAAUCAAACAAAUGGAGAAUUGAUUUCACAAAUCUUUCAGAUCAAGCAAGAAGAUACGAAAUUCGAGGGCAAACUUACGUUGUAGAUGCACCGCCUCCACCGGGGUUUGGUGCGUCCGUUCCGGCUAUCACAUCAAGUUCUAAGGGCAACUUGAAAAACAGAAAAGAUGCUCAACAAGUUUCAACUGAAAAAGAUCAGGAAACACUAAAAAUCAAGAAAGCGUGGGAUGCAGCUUUAUCUCCGGGAAAAAAUAUACCUAUGAACGCUUUUAUGUUAUGGAUGAGUGGAAAUGGAGUACAAAUAUUUAGUGUUAUGAUUACAGGAAUGUUAUUCUUCCAACCGAUUAAAGCAUUAAUGGGAAUUGAUAGUGUGUUUGAACGAUAUGAAUCAUCAAAGACUAAAUCACAAUUAAUUUGGCCAAAACUUGUUUAUGUGAUCCUACAGCUUCUUACGAUGGCUUUAGGAUUAUAUAAAUGUUCUUCCAUGGGACUUUUACCUACCGCAACAUCUGAUUGGUUAGCUUUUAUGGAACAAAAGCAGAUUUUAGAAUAUUCCGCAACUUAG